GCAUAAAUCCUGUCGACUUUUUUUUUAUAUACUGGUCCCAACAUACUGUUAAUGGCCUUAAACUGACUGCAGUUGCUUGCUCUUUGCAUCUUUGGACAUAGAUUUUGCGGCGUAAUCGCCGCCGUGGGGCAGCAUGGGUAACGAAGCGUCUACUCCGAUAGACGGUAGUGUACCACCAGCAACGCUUAGGAGUCGUGACCUCGACUCUGUCGCUAAAUACAUUCUCGAAAAAGAUGUCCGAAGAAUAGUUGUUCUGACCGGCGCGGGAAUAAGCACAUCAGCCGGAAUUCCAGAUUUCAGAUCUCCAGAGACAGGGUUAUACUCAAAUCUUGCCCAUCUUGAAUUACCGGACCCGGAAGCGGUGUUCAAUAUUACUUUUUUCCGAGAAAAUCCAGUCCCUUUCUAUACCCUCGCCAAGGAACUAUAUCCUGGUCGAUAUAGACCAACAAUAGCGCAUUCGUUUAUCACUUUACUACACAGAAAGGGUCGACUGCUGAAACUUUUCACACAAAAUAUUGACUGCUUAGAACGGGAAGCUGGUCUUUCCGGAGACAUGAUCAUUGAUGCCCAUGGAAGUUUCGCAUCUCAGCAUUGUAUCGAUUGCAAAAGCCAUUAUCCGGAUGAGCUCAUGAAACAGGUCGUUGCAAAGGGUGAGGUACCACAUUGUAUCGCACCAGAAUGCAAUGGACUUGUCAAGCCAGAUAUUGUCUUCUUUGGUGAAGCGCUACCAGGGGCCUUUUUCGCAAAUCGUGAAUUACCUGCCGAAGCAGAUUUGUGUAUUAUCAUGGGCACGAGUCUGACUGUUCAACCCUUUGCGAGCUUGCCGAGUUUCUGUCGCGAUGAAACGCCCCGCUUACUCAUAAACAUGGAGCAAGUUGGUGGACUGGGAUCUCGAGCGGAUGAUGUACUUCUCCUCGGUGACUGUGAUGAAGGGGUACGCAAGCUAGCCAAGGCACUUGGUUGGUUGGAAGAACUAGAAGCGUUAUGGGAAGAAAGCAACCCCAAUAAAGAAGACCGGGAUCUGGAAACUGCACCGAAGAAAACUCGCGAUGAACGGUUGCAUGAUGAAGUUGAGCGUCUCACGGCAGAUGUUGAUCGAACAUUGCACGUCUCAAACUCGCACCAGAAUUAUACUCGACAAUACCUGGACAGACAUUUGGCCAAACAGCUAGCCAAACAAAAUGCACGAGAAGAGCGGGACGGACAGGUUGUUAGUGAUACGACAGGUGCUCCCGGUGAAGAGAUUCUCCGGUCAAGUGAUGAUGAUAUCUCCGGAAUAAGUGGUCUGACCCAUGUAUUUCCGCACCUGGUAGAUAAAAAGCCGUCCUGGUGAUGUGUUCAGGGGAUUUUGCAUAGUUUGGGACGAAGCUACGAGAAAUAGAAUAUGUAAAUGAUAACACAUAGUUACUACUUUCCCUGUUAUUAUGUCCAUCUGCGGGGACUCGAAAAUCGAAUAGCGAAUA